GCGCAGCCUGGUCACGUGCCCGCGGCGGCGGCGAAGGGAGCCCAGUGGUGCCAUGGCGGUGCCGGGCGGAGGUGUGAAGGAGGACUCAUUCAACGUGCUGGACCUGGCGGAGUACACCAAGAAUCGGCCGUGGUGGCGCAAGGUCUUUGCCCCCAGCUCGGGGUCAAGCGCGGAGAAAUACAAUGUGGCCACACAGCUGGUGAUUGGAGGGGUCACGGGAUGGUGUACUGGAUUCGUCUUCCAGAAAGUUGGAAAGCUGGCAGCGACAGCGGUGGGAGGUGGCUUUUUCCUACUUCAGAUUGCAAACCACACAGGAUACAUUAAAGUGGACUGGAAGCUGGUAGAACGGGACGUGAACAAAGCCAAGCAGCAGCUGAAAUUUCACAGCAGUGGUAACAAAAUGUCUCCAGAAGUGAAAAGCAGAGUGGAUGAGGUGAUCAUAUUUCUGAAGAAGAAUAUUAUCCUGACUGGAGGGUUUGCUGGAGGAUUCCUGCUCGGAAUGGCGUCCUAGAAACUGUGCUCGACUCUCCCUUCAUGCCCAGCCUUCCCUCCCCUCCUCUACUGCUGUUCUCUCUCACUUAUAAAGUCAAGGGAUGUUGCCGACAGGCUCAGUCCCUUCUGCUCACAGGUUCCAGCCCUUGUUUCUUACAACACUGCUUCUGAUUUCCAACUUUUUCUGCUGUCUGGGCUGUUAGGGUGCUGGGAUCAGUCUGAAAGCUUAUGACUCCUGGUGUAUUGCUGUGAUUCCUUUCCCCACCAAAUAUGUCCAGUCCCAGAUUUUCUGAUGAGCUGCAGCCUCAUAAACACGUAGUGGCAGAGAAAUCUCUUAAAUGUGCCUCUUUCCAGGUGCUCAGGGCUGUUACAUGUACAUCUGUCUGCCGGUAUAUGUGUACAACAGCUGUCAGCUGUUCACUGCUAUUUAGCUUGCACUUUUUAUGCCCCGGUACCUGAAAGCCUGUGCUUCAUUCUGCACAAAGAUGGUGUGUGCAAUCCAAAAUAUGCUCAGUUGUGCUGGGGUGGAUGCAGAAGUGCCAGGGGACAGACUGGGCUGUGUCUAGGGCAGGUGGAUAAGGAGCAAGUUGAUGCUAUAUGUGGUGGUGGGGGUUCUCCUGCCCUCUCCCCACCAUUGCAUUGCACAUAGAUGGCCGUUUGGCUUCUCCUUUGCUGUUAUUUGUACCCUUACUGGAAUUGCAGCACUGGCACUGCUCAUGGAAACUGAGCACCAUGGAUGACUCUCCAGGCCCUUUCCUCAUCACGAGUUCUGAAAGUCACCAAGCUUCCUGCACUGUAGAGCACCUUUCUCACUUGCUAGCUGACUGCUCAAGCCUUUGAAAUGUGCUGAGGCGCUCUCUUGUGGUGGGCAGUCUUCCAACGUGCUUGACUUGUCUGUGUCAGGCUAGCUGGCACAGGUGGUGUGCGUUUCAGCUGUGCCCCUUACAGUAAAUCACCUUGGGCCUCAGACUGCUGUUUCUAAGUCUACCAUGACCUUCUCUGGCCACUUUGGUGUUGGUGAUGCUUUUAGAGCUGUAACCAUGUGGGACAGGACUGUAGACAGGAAAUGCAUCCCUGUUUAGGGUACAUUGUACUGGUCCAGGGUCCCUGUUGCCAGCUCUACUGGAAUCGGGGGGUGGGGGGAGGAUGCGAAAUCGAGUGCAGUCCUUUACCUGCCUUUGCUGAGCACAACCCUCUCUGCGAGCAACUGAAAUGACAAAACUGUUGGGUAAACUAGGUUGUGUUCUUGUGGAGUGGCUCAUUUCCAUACUUUCUGCCUUGGUUAUGUUCUUUCCUUCUUUGGAUUUACCAUUGCCACAAAAAAAAGCUGCUUGCUUAAUUCCAUCAGCUGCAGCCCCUCUGCAGGUCAUGAGGCAGCCCAGAUGCAGAGUUCAACUGCUUUUGGACAGUCUGUCCCAGUGCAGCUGUGUGCAGAGCAGAACUCUAAUAACCUACAAGAGAAAAUUAC